CUAAGUUGCAACCCAUUUGUAUUUAUACUCUCUUUCUUUCUCUUCUCUCAGUUCUGUUGCUGCUGCUACCCCUUCCCUCUCGUCGGCGAGUCGCAACUUCGUCUCCGAAUCGAAAGGCCGUGAAAAUGGUUGAGAAGAGUGGAAGGAAGGAAGAGGUUGUUACCAGAGAGUACACUAUCAACCUUCACAAACGCUUGCAUGGAUGCACAUUUAAGAAGAAGGCUCCCAAAGCAAUUAAGGAGAUAAGGAAGUUUGCCCAGAAAGCCAUGGGGACCAAUGAUGUCAGAGUCGACGUGAAGCUCAACAAGGCUAUUUGGAGCCAGGGGAUCCGAAGUGUCCCGAGGAGGAUUCGGGUGCGUAUUGCUCGCAAGAGGAACGAUGAUGAGGACGCAAAGGAGGAGCUCUACUCCCUUGUUACUGUUGUCGAGAUCCCCAAGGAAGAGCUUAAAGGCUUGGGCACCAAGGUUAUUGACGAUGAGGAUUGAGAUAUCUUUUGAUUUACUUAAUGUGGUUUUUCCAAUUACUUUUCAUUUUGUUGAGACAUCUGUUAUAUGUAGUUUGAUAAUAUUUGGUUCCUACCUCCUAAAUUUUUGCAUUUGAAAGAUGAAACAGUAUUAAUGCCUGAGUUUUAGCCCUCUAGUUUUCUGUUUUCCUUGGCUGUCAGGGGAUAAUGUGGGAUUUGGAAAUGUCGUGAUGAAUCUGUACUGAACAAAGGAAACAUUUUCCCCUUGUUAUAUGAGAGUAUUCUUCUUCUUUGAGUA